GCCAUCUUGAGGACACCCCCAAACGUAUCGCUUUGCUUGGCAUAGGGCGGUUGACAACCGUCUCCAGCUCAUCAUGAGGAGAUUAUUCACUGUCAAAUAAUACAGCAGAGCGACAGUUUCAUAUUUUAGACUUCCAGGGAGGAAGAAGAGGUGCUGCCCAGCGACAUUUCAUCGCUGCUGGCUGUUUUUUUUGUGAACGGCUGCGGUGGCGCUGUAGCCCGAUGGCCGGCUAGCUUGCUCCUCGCUGGACUCCGCCGCGGCCUGCUCGGGAGGAGGAAGGGUGGUGACGGCGCAAAAUGCUCCGCCGCUGACUGACUCCCAACCAACACACACACACACACACACACACUCUGUCCUCCUGCGUUAACACGGACUCAACGGGAGUUGGAAGACCACCAUGAUGCACUUAUAGCUUUCAGUUUACACGUCGUUGACUUUUGCGGGUUUCUUUUUCUUGUUCAUUUUUUUGUUGUUGCGUGAAUCGAAGAGCCAGCCGGAGACGGCAUCAUCAUCAUCAUGUCAUCCAACUGCACCAGCGCGGCGGCCGUCAGCGCCAGCAAAACCAAGACGAAAAAGAAGCAUUUUAUAGGACAGAAAGUGAAGCUGUUUCGAGCCAGCGAGCCCAUUCUGAGCGUGUUAAUGUGGGGCGUCAAUCACACGAUUAAUGAGUUAAGUAAUGUGCCUGUACCCGUGAUGCUGAUGCCAGACGACUUUAAAGCCUACAGUAAGAUCAAAGUGGACAACCACCUAUUUAACAAAGAAAAUCUACCGAGUCGCUUUAAGUUUAAAGAGUACUGUCCCAUGGUGUUCCGAAACCUGAGGGAGCGUUUCGCCAUCGACGACCAGGACUACCAGAACUCUCUGACCAGGAGCGCCCCUCUUAACAGUGACUCCCAGGGCCGCUUCGGUAACCGCUUCCUGACAAGCUACGACCAUCGCUUCGUAAUCAAAACAGUAUCCAGUGAGGACAUUGCUGAGAUGCACAACAUUCUAAAGAAAUAUCAUCAGUUCAUAGUGGAGUGUCAUGGCAACACGCUGCUCCCCCAGUUCCUGGGAAUGUACAGGCUAACGGUGGACGGCGUAGAGACGUACAUGGUGGUGACCCGGAACGUUUUCAGCCAUCGUCUCACUGUGCACCGCAAAUAUGACCUGAAGGGUUCUACAGUUGCAAGGGAAGCCAGUGACAAGGAGAAGGCUAAAGAGCUUCCUACUUUUAAAGACAAUGACUUCCUGAAUGAAGGGCACAAGCUGCAGAUAGGAGACGAUAACAAGAAGUACUUUUUGGAGAAGCUAAAACGGGAUGUUGAGUUCUUGGCCACCCUGAAGAUCAUGGACUACAGUCUGCUGGUGGGCAUCCAUGACAUAGAGCGGGCGGAGCAGGAGGAGAUGGACGUAGAGGGCGGCGGGGACGAGGAGGAAUUUGAGAACGAUGAAAUGGGUCGGGGCGUGCUGACUGGUUCUUUCGGCACGCCUCCUGACAGUCCUGGAAACCCUCUCAACUACGGGGGAUUCUUCGGCCCCGGGGAGUUCGACCCCUCUGUUGAUGUUUACGCAAUCAAGAGCCAUGAUAGUGCUGUGAAGAAGGAGGUUUACUUUAUGGCUAUUAUUGACAUCCUCACGCACUAUGAUGCUAAGAAAAAAGCUGCACAUGCUGCCAAAACUGUGAAACAUGGGGCAGGGGCCGAGAUCUCGACGGUGAACCCGGAGCAGUACUCCAAAAGGUUCUACGAGUUUAUGUCCAACAUCCUAUCAUAGAAUUAUCCUCCAGUCCAGCCGGUCACCUCCAGUCAUAGAUCAGUCAGAUGCCACACUUUCACUUCUGUGUGUAGGUCUCUCGCCCCUCGAAUAAAAAA